GUGUGGCGAUAGUUCCUCGGGCUAAGACGCGCCCGUCUCAUCUGCAAUCCUGCUUAAUUCUAACUAACCCCCCAGAGUCGUCUUGAAAUCUAUAUUUUGGGGUCCGAUCAUUUGGACGGGAUCACCUUUCAUGCUGCUACGCGCGACAGGAUUGCCGUCCAGACGCCUGGGCCAACAUCCCGUCAGCCACCUCCUGAGCCCAGGCCGGCUACAGGUGGUGAGAUCCUGGUUCUCAUCCGCACUUACGCCUUCACAUGUUUCCUGGUUCGACCACGGACCCAGGAUUCACUCGGUCGGCCUGAUUCCUCGUAAUGACAAUUUGGAAUUGUACCGAGUCGAUGGGGGUAGAUCAACCACCAUUCGUGCAUCUGUCGCGAGUCGCGACCCGGACAAUGAUAAUGGACCCGGCCCCGAUCGGUCGCGUUCGUCGCCAAUCAAUUGGCCCAGGGUCUUUUCGUUUGCUUUUCCCCUCCUCCUUUUCUUGAAUUCAAUGUCCUAUCGGCAGGGACGCAUGGGAUUGCGUUGGCUAUCAACCUUAUUCGGUCGCGACAACUCUAAGGAUCAGGAGGUUUCCGUGCCGCGAGGCUGUCUCAUCGCCGAUCGGACCACGGCUCUGACACUCUCCAAACACUCCCAAGGUCUAUCAGGCUAUCAGCCCAACAUACAUGGCAGAGGUGAAACACACCCAUGCCGAUGUUGUAAAAAUAGCAUAGACACUGCUACGUCCCGUCCGGCGGAAAUUAUUUGCGAGGCCGUUUGGCUGUGAACACUCACUCUGUCGCUACCUACGCCUAAAAGAAUUUGUAGCACCAACACAAGCUAAUAUAAUUUUAUUUUUUCUAUUUAAUAUA